UUCGUCAGAAACACAUCAUCAAGUCACAGUAGAAGAAGACUUUCUCCGCUGCUUAGCAACAAACAUUAGUGAGCUAGCCAGUUGCCUGGUUUAUGCGCAACGUAGUUAGCAAGAAGGAAGGUCCGCUGAUAGAUAGCAAUGCAUUUUCAUCCCGUGUAAAUGCCACCGACUUUACUAAUUUGUCGACGUCAAUUAAAAUUCUCUUGCCUUUUAAAGAAGAGAACACUCGGGCAGUGCAGUUAAUAGCUAGGUACCAUAACCGGACGGGGCAGAAGGUUCUUUUCACUAGAAAAAGUGGCUAAGCUUAGCUAGGUAACCUUAGCGUCUCCUCCUUCCACAGAGACGAGCAGAGGGCGGCUGGAGAUAUGUGAUUGUAGGUUAGCUGGCUGUUUAGCUCAACUAAUGUUGGCGGACACCGGAUGAGUUGUGAUUUUACAGGUGGUAUAUGUGUCCGUGUCGCAUCACUGAAACUCCCCAGGCAGAGUGGAACUGAGUAAACCAGCCAGACGUCGCCACCAUGUUGGAGGAGGACAUGGAAGUGGCCAUCAAGGUGGUCGUGGUCGGCAACGGAGCUGUUGGCAAGUCCAGUAUGAUCCAACGCUACUGCAAGGGCAUCUUCACUAAGGACUACAAAAAGACCAUUGGAGUAGACUUCCUGGAAAGGCAGAUAGUUGUAAAUGACGAAGAAGUCCGACUAAUGCUGUGGGACACCGCUGGGCAGGAGGAGUUUGAUGCUAUUACUAAGGCCUACUACCGUGGUGCCCAAGCAUGCGUGCUAGUCUUCUCCACCACAGACAGGGAAUCAUUUCAGGCUAUUGACAGCUGGAGGGAGAAGGUGGAGGCUGAGGUUGGAGAUAUUCCCACAGUUCUAGUACAGAACAAAAUUGACCUCCUGGAAGAGACCGUUAUAAAAAACGAGGAGGCAGAAGGUUUAGCUAAAAGGCUCAAGCUGAGAUUUUAUCGAGCUUCAGUAAAAGAGGACCUCAAUGUCAACGAAGUUUUUAAGUACUUAGCUGAGAAGUAUCUUCAGCGACUCAAGCAGCAAACAGCAGAGGAGACAGAGGUGCUCCAUACAACAAGCAAUAAAAUAGGUGUUUUUAAUACCACAAGUAGUAAUGUCUGCAACCAGAGCUCCAGCAACGGCAGAGAAGUCAUCACUUUGCGACCUAACAAACAAAGGACCAAGAAGAGUAAAAAUCCUUUUGGAAGCUGCAGCGUACUCUAGAUAAAAUAAUUUUUAAUUUAGUGACUGACUGACUAUAGUUUCCAAGACUAAAUUGGUCGUUGUAUUUUGUGGAGGUAGCCACAUUUAGAGACCAAAGCCUAAACAGACUGGAAAAUACUUCUCUAUACUACCUUAAUAACCUGAUGUUUAGUCUGUGACCUAAGUUGUUUCCCCACAUUGAUGGUUGAAUUUUCUUUGAUUCAGCCAUGGAUCUCCAUCAGUGAUCUGCGCACAAACCCUGUCCUUGUGGUUGCCUUAAGUAAUAGAAACAGCUGCAGCUACAAUGCAUGUAUGUUGUUUAGAUAUGACUUGACAUACAACCCUCUAAUCAAAAUAUGUAACAGCAAAGGUUGCACUCUUAUUCUGUGAAAACUCCCGUAUAUGAUUUUUACAGUCAUCUAUUCCUGUGUCUGACAUUUCAGCUGUGCAAUAUGUUUGCAUGUAUUGUAGAAGAUACACAGAUAGUUUUGUACCAUAAUUUCAUAAGCAUAAUAUGGUUCAAACUUUACUGUUUAUUGCGGACAAAACACUAUGAAAUCGAGAGUUAAUUCUCUGUGCAGAAGUAUUUUUGUACGAAUCACAUCAGUGUUGAGUGAUAUUUUCACUUAAGUGUUGACAUAGUGCCAAAUUUCCUCUUUUUGAGCUGUAGUUAAUGAACACUGCAGUGAUAUUGAUGUAAGAUGAAAUGAAUAGAAUGUGCUUUUAUGUAUAACCAAAAAUCAAUAACUAUUGACACAAAAUAGUCUUCUAUAUGUUUGCUUACACUCCGUUUAUUUAAGGAUUUGUUAAAGGUACACUAUGCAGGAUAUUUUUUUAAAAAAAGCAAUGUAUACUCACACAAUAACAACCCCUUACCUCCCAUCACUUAUGACCUACUGGAAGUGUGUGGAGGUGUCUGUUUCUAGAGACCCUGUCCUCUAUCUGCAUUUUCUCUUUUUAUUUUGCUGUGUUUGGGACAUUUCUGGGUGUCACCCUUUGAGCAUAAAGCUACAAAACUAGCGGACACAAAAAAAACAAAUAGAGCAAGGUGAAAUGCCAUCCGGACAAACCUCGUUCUUUAGAGUGAAUUAUUAGUUUGUUUUCACUUUUGUCGAGCUGGGGAGGAGGGGCCAAUUUUGAAUGUCAACAAACAGUAAGCGCAAUUCCUGCAUAGUAUGCUUUUAAUUAAAUUAAUUGACUUUCACAAAGUGUAGGACUUUUGUGAUGCAAAAAAAUUAGUUAAAGUCACAAUCAGUUGUAACACAAUGUUUUUUGAUUGCAGUUCACAUUUGACAUAUUUAUCAGUGCUUUUCUUUAACUUUGGUACAGCUUUGAGUAACUCAUUGGAUGUAUUCAGAUUUCACUAUAUUUCUAACACUUAAAACACUAAACAUGGUACAAGAUUUUAUUUUUUGGUUUGGCUUCUGUAGUAUCUAAUCAAUUUCUACUUUGUAAAUAUUCAUAUCAUAUCGGAAGUGUCUGUCCCUGUGGUUUGGAGCUUUCAGCAGAAUGUAAACCCUGAUUCUCUGAAGGUACAUACAGCUGACCACCAGGGUGUAUCAGGAUUUUGCUUGUGUGUGCCUGAAUAUGCAAGAAAAUUCAGUUUCUUUUCACUACAUGAGGGUACUCUAAAAAGAUGUCUGGGGCUGCAACUAACAAUUAUUUUCAUUAUCAAUUCAUCUGCCAUUAUUCGCUAUAUAAAUAGAUUAUUUCAUCAUAAAAUCCCACAAAAUAAAAUGAAAAAAUGAAAAAAAAAAACACCCACCUGUUUGUCAAAGACCAAGGUGAUGUCUCUAAAUGUCUUGUCAGUCCAAAACCCAAAGAUACUCAUUUUAAUAUAAUAUGAAAAAAGCAGGAAAUCACCAUAUUUGAGUGGCAGAAAUAUUUGAAUGAUUUUGAAUGAAUUUUAUGAUUAAUUGAUUAUCAGAGUAAUUGGUGGUUAUUUUUCUGUAAAUCGAUUAGUGGAAUAGUUAUUGCAGCUCUAAAGAUCUCUCAAACUAAUGCUCAGUUCUAAAUACAGACAGCUGUGAACUGUAUGUUACUGCCUUGUCUUCAUUAAGCCUUUUUACAUUUGUUUUUUUAAACUCAUUAUCUGGGAGACACUGGUUUACUAAGCACAAAUAUAUAUGUGGAAAAGUCUCCUUUCUGAAAUGAUUAUCAUUUCCUUAUUAGUAUUUAACAUGCAAUUAUAGGAUACAUAAGACAUCUGGGAAUACACGUGCAUGCACAUUUUUGUCUUUUUAAAAUGUUUUGUAACAGUUCUAAGAUCUCUGUUGGAAGCUUUUCCCAGAAAUGAACUUAACUCUCAAGAUGUUCAGAUAGGACUGUUGUGAAAAACCCAACAGGUGCUUAAAACUUGUUCCACUUUUACCAUUGGUACUUAGGUUGUGUCACAUUUCAAGCUUUCUCAUUUGGUUGUCUGUAAACAGUGCUGUUUUGAAAAAAAAAGUGGCAUAAUUGUAAUGCAUGCCUUUUUUCCACAUCAGUGAAUGUUGAACCAUGGUUGCAAUGCCACAAUGCCUUGUCCUUGUUUACAUUCUCCCUCAUUGAUCAUAAGUAAGCAUUAUAAUCGCUACUCUUGCUGUUUGUUUAAAUUGCCUGCACAGUAAACCUGUUACUACUUUUUUUCACAAGCUUUCUCAUAUUUGUAACGUGUUUACUUUGCUUUUUGAUUGAAUGGAUUUAGCGCACUUUAUCAUUAAGAUGGCAUAUAAUCUUAACGAACCAUAAGGUAAAACUAACCAUACUUAUGUGCUGUCACUCAGGUGUUGUAAUGAUCUUUGUGUCUUAACUGUACUACUUUUUUCGCACGCCUCAUGAUUCAGUUCCAAACAUUUAGAUAGGAAAAAAACAUGUAUGCUUUCACACUGACAAAAACAACACUUAUUGUUGGAUUUUUGUUUUUAAUAGUACAAAAUGUAUCACAAUUUUAAGUGUGCCACACAGCUGCACCUGAUGUUUUGUUUUGGGGGUAAGUUGAUGGUAAUCUGACAUAAAUAAAAUUUUACUUUUUUCUUGGG